UUCAGUGGGAAUGUAUCAUUACUCUCCUAGAACAAAUGAACAGUAGGGAGAGGAUCCCAGAGGUCACACUUGUGAUUGCUUAAGAGAAGAGUUCAGUUUUCAGAACUUCUUGAAAAUGUCUUUUUAUCUGCCAGUAAUUACUUGGGGGGGGGGUGUUAUUUGAGACAGGACCUCUCCUAUCUUUGCUUUUCACAGUUUAGUUGGGGUAACUAUGUGUAAUAUCAAAUUAUGAAGUUGCAUUCCUUAAAUAUUUAAUGUAAGACUUCAAUUUUGAUGAAGCUUUAAAAACUUCAUCCGAUGGUUAUGUUUCCUGACACAAGCAGGGAAUGUCUGAGCUACGGUGGCCUCUUAGGCCCCAGGAAGAUGGAAGUCUUGUGGCAUUUCGCAAAUGCUGACCCAGUCCGGGGUCUGGGAUAUCACAGGGUGGUUAUAGUUCGUUAUUUCCCUUAUGUUCAGAAUUUUUAUUGAAGUCCUCUAACGCAGUUUUGAUCUUGAUGUUUUCUAAAGUCUUACAGUAUAAAAGUGCAGAAAUAUGUGAUUUGUACUAAGCAGAGUCAAAAUUUAGCUCUUUAGCGAUUGGCCAGACUCUGUUGUCUUUACCUAUUGCUUCUUCCUCUGUUUUUCUGAUAAUCAUCAGUACAGCUGGGCAUUAGGCAAAAGGGAGUGAUUAGCUCCUGCCAGACUUUUUUUCCCUUCCUUUUAUAUGGUUGCAUGUACACAGAGACUAAGUGCCAUUUAUUAACCACUUGUGCAGCAGCCGUUACGUUAAGUCUUUUCAUCCAUUUUUAUUUAAUCCUCGUGCUAACUGAUUGAGGAACCAGGGCUCAGAAUUGGUAUUGCUUGUCUGGGAUGUCACAGCAGAGCCAGGCCUCAAGCCCAGGUCCCUCUAACCCCACUGCUGACACCCGAGAACACACUCCACUCUUUUGCAUCCUCUGGUUUUGACUGUUGAACACACAUCAGUCUCCUACCGAGGGUGAGCUCUUUCAGGGCUGUAGCUGGGUGUUGGGCACACUGGGAACCCUGUGUUGUUUAUUGGACUGGGCUCGAAGGUUUGGGGGAGGAAGAAGUCGAAUGAACACAAGUGUAAGUAAGCCCUGGGGUAGGCUGCUUUCCUCUCGUUUCUGUGGGUAUUUGAGGCUGCACUCUAACGCACGUAGACUCGUGCUGGAGAUUUCUGUCCUGGUUGUAGGGGGCACGGCAUGUGUACUGACCGGGCAGCCCUUUGACACCGUGAAAGUGAAGAUGCAGACGUUCCCCGACCUGUACAGGGGCCUCACCGACUGCUGCCUGAAAACCUACUCCCAAGUGGGCUUCCGCGGCUUCUACAAGGGGACCAGCCCAGCGCUGAUUGCCAACAUCGCCGAGAACUCUGUCCUCUUCAUGUGCUACGGCUUCUGCCAACAGGUGGUGCGGAAAGUGGUUGGAUUGGAAAAGCAGGCCAAGCUAAGUGAUCUGCAGAACGCGGCCGCUGGUUCCUUCGCCUCUGCCUUUGCUGCUCUCGUGCUUUGCCCCACUGAACUCGUGAAGUGCCGACUACAGACCAUGCAUGAAAUGGAGUCGUCAGGAAAGAUAGCCAGAAGCCAUAACACAGUCUGGUCCGUGGUGAAGAGCGUCCUCAGGAAGGACGGCCCCUUGGGCUUCUACCACGGCCUCUCCAGCACUUUACUCCGAGAGGUGCCAGGCUAUUUCUUCUUCUUCGGCGGCUACGAACUGAGCAGGUCAUUUUUUGCAUCAGGAAGAUCGAAGGAUGAACUAGGCCCUGUCCCUUUGAUGUUAAGCGGUGGAGUUGGUGGAAUCUGCCUCUGGCUGGCUGUGUACCCAGUGGAUUGCGUCAAAUCCAGAAUUCAAGUCCUUUCCAUGUCUGGAAAACAGGCAGGAUUUGUCGGAACCUUGAUAAGCAUCGUGAAAAAUGAAGGAAUAACGGCCUUAUAUUCUGGACUGAAACCUACUAUGAUUCGAGCAUUCCCUGCCAAUGGGGCGCUAUUUUUGGCCUACGAGUACAGCAGGAAGUUGAUGAUGAGCCAGUUUGAAGCAUACUGAAGUGUCCUGGUGAACCUAGAUCCAAGUAUCGGCGUUUGAGGACGACAGUUCAUCUCAGGGUUUCGUGGAAUACAAGACCAAUGUAGAAUUACUUUGGUUUCAUAAGAAUUUUAUUUUUUGGUCUUCCCUUAUCCUACCCUAAAUCUUACACUUUAUGGAAGAGCCUCUAUUUUGUAUCCUAUAAUUUUUGCCUGUAAUUGAAUAGAAAAGUUGCUGCUCUUGUCCUCGGUGGGGCAUUUAGGGUGAGCCGCUGGCCCCUAUGUCCAAUCUGAAAGGCUAAAUAUAGUUCUGUCAGGGCUUUUGCGUAAAACCCGUGUGUGUCCAUGCAGUUUGGAUGGUUGCAUGUUGUUAGAAAAGCAAGGCUGGUUCCAUUUUAGUCUCAGAUCUCACCAGAAAAACCCAGAGGUAACCAUGUUCAUGAAAUGGCUAUAAACGCAUACCUGACUCAUUGUAGAUGUAGGGUCUCUUUUAAAAUCUGCUUAGCACAUGCACUACACUAAGCGGCUAAGAUUUUAAAAAGUUUUCCUGUGGUGCUUGAAAACUAAAAUAUCAGUCUAGAACUGGUAGAGGAGAGCACACUUGCAUACUGGAGUGGCUUCCGUGUUACUGAUACAAAUUUAGAGUAAGCAUCUUGGGAUUUCCCAAGAUGUCCUGUUAAAAUAGUGCCAUUCAUUUUCUAGAUGGGGCCACAUUCUAGGUGGGAUCUAGGCCUAGAGCGGCGUAGCCUUACCUGUGCCGACUUCGCUUCUCCCCUCCCAAAGAACUUCCCCUCUGCUGGGCUUUAGGUUGAGGAAGGGGCUGAGGGGAGGGGACUGUGCUGCUUUGCUUUGUGAAGACCAAUGACUGACAGCAGCCCUUAGCUUCUGUCUCUGGGUCCUGGCCUGGGUAGGAUUCCAGAGUAUUCCUUUGGACCACCUAUGGGCUGUUGAUCUACUUUUGAACACUCACUCAUUGCCUCCACCGAUCAGAAACCCUUCCAGGGAGCAGAGUGCCAAAGCCAAGAGAAGCCCUUUUCCCUGGCUGGUGACUGAGUGAUGGUGCUCGUGGGCAAAGUCCUCUCUCCGAUGGAACUGGACACAACAUAGUGCGUGUCCUCCACAGUGAGUGAUGUCGGGGCUGGCCCUUUCUGAAGUUUAUCUUGGGAUCCGUAACUGCUUGCCAUGUUUCUUACGGAGUUGGAGCCUUUUACAUUUGGAACCAGCGGUCAGUGGAUCCUCAUGAUGAUUAUAUAUAGGGGGUGACUUUAUAAAGCAAGGAAACAAGCCGAGUAAUUAAGUUCUGCCAUAUGUAUGCACUAACAACAACCACAGAAGCUCAGGUCACCUGGUCUAAGAGGAUCCCUCUUGUCACCACUUAGGCAAGCCCCAUCAUUCCGUGCUGCUCCAAGACCAGCAAGGACUCUCUCGGUAACAAGUGUUUUUAAGCAGGCUGACCUGUGUCUGUCCCGUGUGCUUCUGUCAUUGUUGGCACAAUGAAAGCCUUGCGUGAAACCUCCGGUUUCCUUAAGCUUUGUGUUCUGCAAAGCUUCUGAUAUGCCCAAAGCAGGAGGGUCAGGGAAGUGACGUGCUGACCUGGGGGGGCUGCUGUGGACAUUUGGGGAGGGGUGCUCAGUGUUGUGCCUGAUGGACUCUGGAGCAAUGGCUGGUCAGCCACCUGUGUUUUCUUUGAAAGAAAAUCAUUUUUCUACCUUUCUCUCCAUACCUUAAGUGGUCAGUAGCUACUGAGUGGUGCUUCAUCUGAACAGGCCUGGACCGAAGCAAAAUAGAAAAUGGGGCUGGCUUCCAGCAGGAAGUGAGCUACUUGAGAAUCUGUGAGCCCAUCUGAGUUAGGCCUGUUGGCAGGGGACCUUCUCAUAUGUUGUCCUUUUAAGAUUCAAUUAAACAUCUGCAAUAGUAGCAGUCUGAGGCAAGGAAAAGAGUAAGGAAUGAAACCUAAAUCAGGGGAAUUUUUUUUUUCCAUUCUAUUUGCUUAAUUCAUGGUUCAGUAUUUGAAUACAAUUUGUACCAUUUCAGAUCUGUACUCCAAAAAUAGUAAGUUGAAGUUGUGUGUUUAAAGCAAUUCUGGUGUUCUAUCAUUAAAUUAUUUACCUAAAAUUUGAGUACCUGAGUUGUUUUAAGUAUUUUACAUGCUAAAAACCAACUGUCAGGACUGCUUAAGAGUAUAGUAAGGUUUCAAGGUGGUGGCUUCAUUGCAAUGAGCAUUUUUUUUUUUUUUUUUUU